GCGGAGAGCUGGAGCGCUAAUGUUUGUUCAGGUGCAGGAGACACGGGGACGCGCUCUACUCAGGGGCGCGCACCGUGGCCGUGUUACCGCCCGCUCCCGCAACUGUGUUUAUUCUGUCCGUUUUUUCAACGCUGCUGUGGGCUGCAGUGGGCCGCUCCACGGGCUUACAACGCGACGUCCCGCACCGUGACCUCGCGUGGACCAAGGUGAACCGCGCGAGGAGCACACUUUGAAUCAGAUCUGGUGCGCGCGCUGUCUGGAUACUCCACUUUCUGUAGGACGCGCACAAAAGCUGCCUGAUGCGAGCUUUGGACGAACCCUCUCCAUGAAGGAGCUGUGUCACGAUGCUGUCCUCUGUGCUGCUACCCCUGCUCCUUUGUGUCCAGGCCCUGUCCUCAGAUUGUCCAGAAAACUGCUCGUGUCCCUCACCCAACUCAGUCUUUUGCUUCACGCGCCGCUCCAGCACUGUCCCUCCUGUACCCCCCAGAACGGAGGAGCUCUACAUCUUCAGCAAUGGCAUCUCCACUUUGAGUGCAGAGGACUUCCAGCACCUGAGACAGCUGCAGAUGUUAGACCUGAGUCAGAACCAGCUGACCGAGCUUCCUGAUGGGGCCUUUGAGAUGCUCCUAAAACUGAAGAAUCUGGACUUGUCCUCCAACCAGAUCAGUCACAUUUCCAAAGGCAGCUUCUCUGGGCUAGUUCAGCUCGAGCGCCUUUACCUGUAUGGAAACAAGAUUCAGAUCAUUCAAAUGGGAGCCUUUGAAAGUUUGCAAAACCUACUAGAACUUAAACUCCAUGAGAAUCUGCUCACAUCUCUACCAGCUCUUUCCUUUCCCCGACUCCUGCUUCUGGACCUCAGUUACAACAACAUUCCUACUCUGGGACCAUCAGAGCUGCAGAUUCCUCACAUUGAGGCCCUGAAGGUCACCUCUUUGGGCCUGACCUCUUUGGACACAAACCUGAUUGCGUCACUGAAAAACUUGCAUUACUUGGACAUCUCUAUGAACCAGUUAGUUGAGGUUCCUCCGGCCUUAAGGCAGGACAGCCUCAGGGGGCUUAUUAGGCUGAGUCUGGCUGGUAAUCCCCUCAGAGAGCUAAAGGUAGAGGACUUCCACAAACUCAAUGGACUUCAGGAGUUGGACCUAAGUGGACUGAACCUUCAGAGUAUCCCUCAGGGACUCCUGGACAACUUCCCCCGGUUGGUGCACCUCACAGCAGCAGAGAACCCCUUCAACUGCCUCUGUCCUCUAGCCUGGUUCUCUGUGUGGCUCAAAGAGAAGGCAUUAACCCUUAGAAGGCCAGAGGAAACUAGGUGCCACUUCCCUCUGGUUAAUGCAGGGAAAAUGCUCUCCGAACUGGAAUAUAAGGACUUUGGUUGUCUGCACACUAGUACAGUAGUAGCCAGAGCAUUUUCUCAAAGUACUUUGGUUGGUCACAUUACUACAUAUCCAGACACAACACACACAAAUGCCACCUCCAGCCCCUCACUCGAGGUGAGUAACCCCUCGUCCAUAGCCCCCUCUCUGUCUCCUCAAACCAGUGACCUGCACCAGUGUCCUGGGCCCUGUCAGAAUGGUGGACGGUGCCAGGUGGACCCACUGGGUCAGAGGGGCUGCCAGUGUCCGCCUGGGACCGCUGGCCUUUACUGUGAGACCAGAGAGGACCCUCUAAAGUCCUGGUCCACAGACGUCCCUGUGGUGGUCCCCAUCAGCUCGCGUCAUGUGACUGCCACCUCCAUCUUGCUGGACUUACACCACUUCAUCCAGACUCAGCCUCACAUCCGGGGCAUCAGGCUCACCUACCGCAACCUGUCAGGCCCUGACCAUCGACCCAUUAUCCUGCGAGUGCCCGCCUCCUACCCUGAGUACACACUGAGAGGCCUGCGUCCUAACUGCACCUACUCCGUCUGUGCCAGCCCGCUGGUGGAGAAGGUCCAGCGCUGGAACUCCUCAGGGGAGAUGGUGUCAUGCACAGAGGCACGCACGGCUGGGGCACCUCUCAGCCCUCAGGAGCCCCGCUUCACCACACCGGGCCCACAGUCGGGCAGCCUGGAGCCCGCACUGGCUGCUCUGGCCCUGCUGCUGGGGCUAGCUGUGCUCACUGGGACAGUAGUGUGUGUGAGGAGGAGAAGGACCAAACCUGGCCUGGAGCUGGAAGGGGGGCCCUGUGAAGCCGCCUCCCCAGACCCUCACACUCCAGAGCAGGCCACCGGUCCACACACAAAGCCUGACAGUGACAGUGUUCCGGGCACACCACACAACCAGUCAUUAAAUUCCUCUGACGGGAGAACUCUACCUCUCAAAUGACCUUGUGUGUCAUCUAAAGCCCUCACAUUGCUGAUAAUUAUUAGAGAAAUAGGUUGAAUAUUGGAUAAGCAGCUGAUGAAGAAAUGUCAGAAACUCCUAGCCUGGACUAAAGGAGCUCAGCUGAAGAAACUGCACAAUGUACCUGGUGAGGUGAUGAAACUGAUCCUAUAUCAUCUUGGCACUGACUAUUUUUAAAUACAGAAAAAUGCAUUAUAUGUCUUGAAGUCUGUGUGAAGGUCCUGAUCCCCAUGAAGUUUCCAUGAGGUCUCCAUGAGCUCUCACCAGCAGUGGUGAAAGAAGUGCUCAACGACUUUACUUACAAAAGUACAGAUUUAGGAUUAGGCGUUUAUAUGUGUCGCAUGGCAUGUCACUGGUGCCUUUCAAAUGCACUGAAUAAAAGUAUUUUUGUGUAGAUUUGACAACUAAACAAGGUUUAAACCACAACUCAACCAGUUUCAAGUUCUCAAAUUCACUUUUCACUAUUUUAAAAAUAACAAAAAAAUUCAUUUAUCUGGGAUAUAAAAUAGUUUGCAUGGUUGUGUAAACAUACAGCCAUACUUUUAGUCUGAUUGUUUUUCUGUUCCAUUUUACUCAUUAAUUUGUAAAAAAAAAAAUGCAAAUCUGAUGCACUGAAGGAAACUUAGAAAAAGUACUGGUGCCAAAUACUCUCUACAUUUUCAAUACCUGGCCUAUAUCGAUAUCUGGGAAGGUAACAUGUUGAUCUAAAUAUGUUAUGUGUUGACAAUUAAGCCCAUAGACUUGUAAUAGCCCUCUUUAAACAGAGCAGGCUUCAAGGUGAGUGGGGCAAGAAUGUAAUGAAUGAAUCAUGUGUACUCUAUUUGAAAUUUGUGUUGUUACGAUACUAAAAUUUCAAACUCAAUCUUGAUACUAAGGUAUAGACUCGAUACUCACUAUCGAUUCUGAUACCACAACAAUAAAAAAAACACUCUUUCUUUAGACAAUAUAAUAUAAUUUUAACAUUAAAUCAUAGUACUUUCUUUUAUAUUACCAUAUUUGUGCCAGGGCCAGCUCUGGGCAUAGGCGAACCAGGCAGUCUCCUAAGUAAAUUUAGUCUGGUGGUUAAUUUGAAAUUGAUACAACAACAUUCCCUGGGGGUGUGACGUGUAGGCAUGCUCUUUCUGUCUGAGGCUUUGUUAGACUUUAAUCUGACACAUAAAGAGCUGAUUUAGCUGAACUACAACAGGUGAUCUAAUUUGUGCUCUUAAACAAGUCUCACACAUAGAAAUACAGUCACAAGCUAGCUAGCAGUAAUCAACAGUUUUUCAUUUAGUCACUCUCUCCUUUUUUGUAGAAAAUCAAAGUCCGAAACAGGACCAUGAACUGUGUAUUGAUCACAGGCUCCAGAAAAUGUGUUGUUUAAAUGUGCAUUUGUGUAUUUUUUCUUGAGCUUUCAAACCAUCUGAAUCAUUUUGGGAUGUGUUUGCAUUGUGUGAGCAUGGUAACUGAAAAAUAUUCCACCAUACACAUGAAUGUAGAACACCCCCAGUAGGAUGAUAGUACAAAGUACUCAAUCCUGGUCUGAUACCGAUACUAAAGACUGACCAAUAUGGAUUUUUUUUUAAGGCCGAUGCCAGUGCAGAUGGUUUGGAAUACAGGAAACUAAUGGCCGAUAAGCUCUGUUGAUAUUCUUAGGCCAAUAUUUUGGACCAGUUUUUAUUGUUUUCACAAAGAGAGCGCUGUGGUGACAUGAUGUGGUGCAGUUAUCUCUUCGCACUAUAAUGUAGAUAAAGCUUUAUGUCUAUGUUUUAGGCAGCAGCCAAAAAAGAAUAUUGGCCUGUGCUGGAGAUUUAAGGUUAAAAAGUGCAAAUAUUGGCCUGAUACCUGGGGAAACCUUGCAAUAUCACCAAUACUUAUACUGUAACCGAUAUUUGUCUCAUCCCAUAUAAUGCUGUCAGAUAGUACUUAUGAAGAAGCAUGAGCUGUUACUGAGCCAGUAGAGGGCGCUGCACACUCUGCCACAGGAGUUCAUUGUUUUAGAUGAAAUCUGAGCCGAGCUGUGAACGAGAAAAGGCCGAUGCAGUUU